CACACACACACACACACACACACGCAUACACAACAGCGUGCUUCUUCUCGAGGAAGGCACAGCCAAAUCCCAUUUUUUCUUGCCAGCUUUAUUCCAAGUAGCCCUGAGGACGUGAUGAAGCCCAUCCCACUUCGUUCCCUAAAUUCACUGCGCCUGCCGGAACACAGCAGGAGGCGUUUGGAGCUGGAUUUGCCGGCUCCCUUUACAUUCAUGCAGCCCCUGUAACCUCCAGGUGACCGACUUCAUCAACGCUCCGUCAGACGCUGGAUAUCAGCCUCUGUGUGUGAAUGCAACGUGAAAAUCUGCCUCGUCUUGGAUAUUCUGCUGUGUGGAUUUCACCGACAGCCUUCAAAGGACUAUUGAUAAGUUUCUAAUCAUAUUGACGAUCGUUGCGUCAUCGGAGGAAGUCUGAGCGGCCAAAUCUGCUGCUAGGAGCUGAUGUCUUAAUGCACCGCUGAAUGCUUUAAUAACACAGCGAUGAAUGUUGUGAUUUCUCUCCCCUGAUAGAAGAUAGCUUAUCCGAAGCCACAGCAGCUGCCUGCCUGCCUGCCAGUCGCCUUUAAUGCAUAGCCUUUGCAGGGUCAAGAUGCAGUUUCGGACUGUGCUGGACGUGAAAGUCGUGGACGUGGAGAAGAGGCGCAAUCCGUCUAAACACUACGUAUAUCUCAUCAAUGUUACCUACUCUGACAACACGUCCCACAUCAUCUACAGAAGAUACAGCAAAUUCUUUGACCUACAGAUGCAGAUUCUUGACAAGUUCCCAAUUGAGGGAGGGCAGAAAGACCCAAAAAAGAGGAUCAUCCCUUUUCUCCCAGGCAAAAUCCUGUUCCGGAGGAGUCAUGUGCGAGACGUGGCCAUGAAGCGGCUGCGUUUUAUCGACGACUACUGCAGGGCGCUGGUAAGACUCCCCCCUCAGAUUUCUCAGAGUGAGGAGGUGCUGCGCUUCUUCGAGACAAAAGCUGAAGACAUCAACCCCCCAGUGGAGGACUAUGGCUCCAAGCGCAAGUCGGUAUGGAUGUACGGCUUUACAGACAGCCCGAGGAAAGAGGCCUCAGGGAUUGACAGCUCGGAGCCCAUGGUGCUGGAGCAGUACGUGGCCGUGGCCAACUACGAGAGACAGGAGAACUCCGAGAUCAGCCUGAAGGCCGGCGAGACGGUGGACGUGAUCGAGAAGAGUGAAAGUGGUUGGUGGUUUGUCAGCACAGCAGAGGAGCAGGGCUGGGUGCCGGCCACAUACCUGGACUCCCAGAAUGUAACCAGAGACGACUUGGAUCUGGGCACCUCCAGGACUGGGGAAGUCACUAAGAGACGCAAGGCACAUCUGAAGAGGCUGGACCGCCGCUGGACUCUGGGGGGGAUAGUGAACCGCCAGCACAGCAGAGAGGAGAAAUAUGUGACAGUGCAGCCGUACACCAGCCAAGGGAAGGAUGAAGUCAGUUUUGAGAAAGGGGUCACCGUGGAGGUCAUCCAGAAGAACCUGGAGGGUUGGUGGUUCAUCAGAUACUUGGGAAAAGAGGGCUGGGCCCCUGCCUCCUACUUGAAAAAGGUGAAAGAGGACUUCUCCCCUCGCAAGAAGACCCUGACAGGCCCUGUGGAGAUCAUCGGCAACAUCAUGGAGAUCAGCACCCUGUUGCAGAAGAAGUCGGUCAGCGAGAAGGACAUCCAGACAGACGGAGAGAGUGGCACCUCACCAGAGAGGCACAUCUCAAAGAGUGAGAUCAGCCUGCCCAUGCCAUUUAGCUCUGAGAUCAACGCAGAGACGGGCAGGAGGCUGAGUGCGGGCCGAGACACCAACAGUCCUUGUCUGGGAAUAGCAGCCAGUGCAGCAUUAAGAGAAAGUAAAGCGAGAGGCGAGCCUGGGUCCCCAGCUGUUGCUAGAGUGGCACCUCAUCGAGUGGAAAUUGGCUCCCCAAACCUGAGACAGAAACCUCCCCCAAGAAGAGAUGCCAACCUUGGAUUCCAGUUACCCAAGCCACCAGAGCCCCCUGCUGUGGAAGCAGAGUAUUACACUAUAGCAGAUUUCCAGUCCUCAAUCUCUGAUGGCAUCAGUUUCCGUGGAGGACAAAAGGCUGAUGUGAUAGAGAAGAACCCUGGGGGCUGGUGGUAUGUGCAGAUUGGAGAGAUGGAGGGCUGGGCCCCGUGCUCCUACAUUGACAAGCGCAAAAAGCCAAACCUCAGCCGUCGGACCAGCACCCUGACCCGGCCUAAAGUCCCACCUCCUGCGCCACCUGUCAAAAAACAAGACUCUGAAGAAACUCCCCCGCCUGCUAGCUCGGUUCCUAAAGUCGCAGAGCCACAGAGCAGGCCUGUGUAUGAGGAGCCUGAAUAUGAUAUUCCUGCAGUUGGAUGUGAAGGUGAACCCGACACUGAUUCCCUGAAGGAUGAGCGCUCCCUGGAUGUAAAGAUCAGCAAUGUGGUCAGUGAUAAGUACCGUAGCUCUCCGCCUUCCUGUAAGGCCUCUCCUCCUGUCUGCAAAGCAUCCCCUGUUUUCACUCGCAGAAGAGCCUCCUUCAGAUCUGUGGAGGAGGUUGCAAAAGAGGAAUGCAUCUAUGAGAACGAUGGCUUCAGGCCAAGCAGUGGCAUUGAAGGUUCUUUGGUUAAAGGUGCUAGUGAGCCGAGUUCCCCAAGGAUCUACCAUUCCUCCACAGUCCCACGCAAACCCUCUGGAUCCUCACCUUUAGCUGGUAGACCCAUGAAGACCAUGACGCCAGAGAUGACAAGGAGAAGCCAGACCCUGGGCAGACACAUAGAUAUUAGCCUUAGGUCACAUGACAACAGCCCCCACUCUUCAUCAGAUGAAUUAACCAGAGGACACAAGAAGGUUCCUGCCUUCAGCCGGGACGUAGAGCAAAGAAUAGGCCAGAGCCCUUCUACUAGACCCAAGCCAUCUGUCAGACCUAAACCGCUUCUGACCAAAUCAGAACCCCAGAGUCCUGAGAGGAUGGACAUUGGUUCUCUGAGACGACAGCUGAGGCCAGCAAGUCAGUUUCGCCAUGGACUCAAACCUGCUCGUGGGGAAGACUCUGAAACAGCCUCUGUUAUCUCAUCAGAGGAUUCGAUGUGUUCCCGCAGCACCUCAGAUCUCUCUUCUGUUUACUCCAAAGGGAGCCGGGGUGACUCGGACGUAGAAGGCCCCAAUCUGUACCGAUCCCUGGAUGCCUACAAGAAGGUCCAGGACUCUGAGAUCAGCUUUCCAGCCGGGGUGGAGGUGGAGGUUCUGGAGAAGCAGGAAAGUGGUUGGUGGUACAUCCGUUGGGGAUCAGAGGAAGGCUGGGCUCCCUCAUACUACCUAGAACCUGUGAGACAAGCAGCUGAUGGGGGCCGGUUAGAAUCAGAUGGACAUGGUAGUAGUGGGAGUAAGUCCAACAGCCUGGAGAAAAAUGAGCAGCAUGUUCUGGCCCUUAACAACAUCAAUAUUCAGGGGCUGAACCAGCAGCACCAAGCCCUGCGGAGAAACAGUCCGCCAAUUCCUUCAAAGCCUCCUGGUGGCUUCCAGAAGCCAUCAGGGAUGGUAAAUGGAGGUGUCCGUAUGAGGAAUGGGGUACGACAGGUGGCAGUGAGGCCACAGUCUGUAUUUGUGACCACAACACAGCCACCUAAGGAUGCACAUUACAUGACAGGGUCUCUGAGGCGAAAUGAAUCACUGGGCAGGAGUGAUCACUAUGGCUCUGGUUCUGCCACUCUUGGUGUGCGCAGAAACGCCUCCUUCAGCACCGUGCGACCACACGUAGUUGUUGAAAGUCAGACGAGGCCCGUAGAGCGCUCCAGCCUUGGGUCAUCUGGGAGCGCAUUCAGCACAAGCAACGUCCAGGAAGCCCUUAGCAGAGUUAACCAACGUAACGGCAUCCCCGUGUCCACAGUCCGACCCAAGCCAAUAGAGAAGAGCCAACUGAUCCACAACAACCUCGGCAGGGAUGUGUACGUGUCCAUUGCUGACUACCGCGGUGAUGAGGAAACUAUGGGUUUCACUGAAGGCACCUGUUUGGAGGUUUUGGAAAGAAACCCCAAUGGAUGGUGGUACUGCCAGGUGCAGGACAGCCUGCUUCCCCGCAAAGGCUGGGUCCCCUCCAACUACCUUGAGCGGAAAAAAUGAAACCAAUCCCAUACUGUCCCCCUCACCCUUCCCCCUCUCUCCUUUCUUUGAUGUCUUCAAGGACAUGGGUGGCAUCAUUUCUUAAGAAUGUUACCCACAAUCUCCCAUAAGCAAUAUGUCCUUGAAAAUGUAAAUUUUUAAAAAGACUGUGUGUAAAAAGAAAGAUGUUUAAAACUGUUGUGGAAGGACACUUUUAGUGCUGGUUUACUAAAAUGUACACAAAGAAGAGAGUUCAGAUUUUAAAUAUUUUGGCUGGGAAUGAGAGACAGGAAUGUGGGAUUGGUCACCCUUCAGUGAGGGAAUUUGAGGAGGACACUGUCUUAAAGAUUUAAAAUGGUGUGAAUGGGAGUGAUAGCCUCUUAAAGAGGUUUGUAUCAUGUAAUACAGAAGUUGAGCAGGGUAAUGGCUAUGCUUGUUCCUGCCCAUCACUGACUAUGAUGGCCGAUAAGUGCCUUUUGUGUUUUUGUUCACCUGAAUGGAGGUCCUAAAUGGUGGAUGGCAAAACAUUAAAUCAACCAAAUCUUCUAAGAGUGCCAUAAGACCUAUGAACACCACCAAAAUAUUUGUAUAACUAAGAAAGAGCUCCACUAUAGAGUGAAAGCAAAGUGAAAAUGGAGCUGAAAAAGCUGAUUUGAUCUGGAGUGCUCUAAAUGGUCCAACAAGAUUUAGUCUCCAGUUUCAUCAAAGUACUUAUUCAUUUCAAGUCACAAGUCCUAAAGCAAACUAAAACAUUGUGUUAAUCACAUUAUCAAGUUUUGUUCCAUAUUGUCUUGUUUUCAUCAAAGUCUUCCUUAGAGAAUUAUUUCUGCUCUCUUGUCACAUCGGUUUCAAGCAACAGCCUAAAAUUGGAAAAGUAAAAGCUCCCGCCUCAUUUCUUGAAUCACCUUUACAUCUGUGAAAACAAACAGCAGGUGCUCAGGUUUGAGAAAUUAGCUUACUUUGUUGCAGAUCAUCAAGAGACAAAAACCUAGAUACAAAUAUAUGGACAGAUAACGAUCUUUAAAAACCUGUGAAACUUGAAAGAAAAAUUGAACAUAUUUCAGUUUGCUGGAAAAUCAAAGGAAGGACUAUACCAACUUGAAUACUCUCCAGGACAGCUAACCUCAUAUCUGGGUGGGUAACAACCUUAAACAAGAGAACAACUAGUUUACAAAGUUUUGCAUUUGCUCUAAUGAUUUUACUUAUAGGAAUAAUUGGCUAUGUGUAUGCAUUGUUUUGUAGGGCUAAAAUGAUUUCACUUUUUUAAAGAAGUGUUGAUAUACUGGAAAUACAAUUAUAUUGUGGAAUCCCAGGGUCAUAUUUGAAAAUUGUUUAGCCCAUAAUGUGAUCAAACUGAAGGCAGUUUUUUGUGUGAUUUUACUCUCCAUUUAUGGUACAAGGCAUUCAAGUAAGAUAUUACUAAAUGUUAUGUUUUUACGAACUGAAACAAAGUAUUCCUAUCAGCGCCUGUAGGCACUUCCUUUCUUCACAUAUUUGGAAGAAACAAGGUGUAAGGCAGAUUUUACAUCCAAACUUUCAAAUUUUAGUUAAAUGUUACUACAUUUUAAGAUUGCAUAAACUAGAUUUACUCAAAUCCCUUAAAUUGCUACCCAAAUUGAGGUAAAAUAAGAGGAUAUGAAACUCUGAGCUUAAAUAAAAAAAUCAAAUGGCUGAUGUUCAAGACUGCUGAAAUAAAAUUUCUAAAGAACAGUGGGAGCCCUCAGUCUGAGGCUGAACACUAACUUUUCAUUAUGUUUCUGCUGGACAGUAUCAUAGUAUUAUACUAAGUACAGUACCUGCUAGAUCGCAGUUAUCUAUUUAGUAAAGCAUAUUUGUUUAUCGUUUGUAUUUGUUUUGUUGAUCUGUUUUUUUGUGAUCACACAGUGGCAAUAAUGAGGAACGGAGGGGUUCUGUUUUGUGAAUUAGUGCACUUUAAACCUGUUUUUAAGGUGCAUUAAUGUAAAGAUGCAGUCCAUACUCAGCAUGUUAUUUAUUUAAUGAUUUUUGUGACUAUUUAAUAAUUUUUUUGCUCACCUGUUAUGGGAGGUGACACUGUCAGUGACAGUGACCAUGUUAAUAUUGAGUAGAAUUGGAGAAACAGAGACCUCUAGUGGGCAGCAAAAGGUACUACAACCUGAUAUUUACCCAAUCAACAAGGCUUACAAGCCAUACUACCUCAGUGCAAUAAGAAGUGCACUGCUGGACAGUGAGUCUCACCAAUGACUGUAUAGAAAUUUCAUGAAUUUUUCAGUUUUUUUAAGAAAAAUUCAAAGUGCAGCUAAAACUUUUUGUAGCACAUGUUUUUUUUUAUUGGGCAAUAAUUUAUAUUUUUUUAAUUUGAAAAAAGUUAUUUUUUUCUAUGCUGUGUUCUGCAACUUUAGCAAAUCAUGGGCGCUUCCUUCACCUUUAUUGUUCUUUACAUAAUGCCUGAUUUUAUAUAUAUUUAUUAUGAAUAGUUUUAUAUCUCAUCAUGGUUUGACGACAAUAUUAUUCCCUCAUUCAGAAUACAUAAUCCCAUAGCUUCAUACAGAUUAUAUUUAUUGACGAUUUGGGCUUUUACUUAAGUAUGCAAAAUGCAGACUCUAUCCAUAUGACAUUUGGAUGAGUGUUAGAGGUUUUUUUUAAUCACUUUCAUAAUUGACAAAUGGAAAUAAAAACUGCAUUAGGAUCAAUUUACAAUAAAACUAAAUAUGCAGAUGCUGAUGCUUGCUGCCUGGCAGCGAAGCCCCAACCCAUCCAGACGAAGGCAUUAUGUAAAUGUGUUGAAUCACUUUAAACAUUUUGCCUCAGCACGUAUUAUUAUUGCAUAUUGCUUUGUUUGAUCAAGAUGAAUUCACUCGGCUGAAUAGCGAGGGAAUUGUUCUGUGACAAGCAUACAUUUAGCUUUCUUGUAUCUGUCUUUGCUUUUUCCCCUUAUUUUCUUUUUUUGUCAAAUUCUGAAAUGUACCCGUGAGGAAAUGUGCAAUAGAUAAGAAACCCAUCAAGCUUCAACAAGGUCACACAAGGUCUGGUAGAAUUGUGAACAAUGCCAUUACAUCUGUUGGGAGUAGAUAUUGCCAGUCAAACUGCCAGUCAUGAGCUUUUACCAUCAUUUUAAGUGUAUGAUUUUUUUUUAAAAAGAGCAGAUGUGAAAGGCCCUGUAAGCAUCCGAUAACUCAUUGGACCAAAGCAGAAGUUUGAGACAUCUCAUUAUCACCUGACGUGAUGGACUUGACGAUCUGUGCUCCUCCUGCUGGGGAUCAGCAGUAGACAGCAUGAAUGAAUGGCAUGGCAGAAACCCGCUGACCCAGUCUGUAUUGACAUUACAGCCACCUGAGGUCUUCUUCACAGACGGAGAGUUAUGGGCCCAUCAUCAGGGGCCUCAGUGGCCCUGCUCUGAGCUGUCACAUUCGUGCCUGAAUGGAAUUUUGAUAGUUUCUUAUUUUUGUGUUGUUGUUUUUCUUUUCCCUCUCGAGUGUGUACUCUCUGCACCUACGCAGAUGCCUCUCUUGACAUUUACUCCACCGUUGUAAAACCAGAGUCCAGCAUUUGCCUGAACAAUCACUACAGCAGAGGAGACAUUUGGAACCAUCGGCAAAGAUACGUGGACAGGGGAGUGUCAGCAGUAAACAAGACAGCUGGAGAUGAAUGCUCCUUCAGGUCAUUUCUUUUCAAUCCAUCAACUUCCAGGUUGUAUGCCAAAAAUAGAAUAACCUUUAUUUUUCGCUUUGCUGAGCCCCGCACUGGCCUUAUCCAUGUGGUACAGGUGAACACGUCAUUGUAGUAAGGAGUUCAGGGGCUUGUGCCCAUGAACUCUAAUGUUGUUUUAAUCUCCACCUUAAAGAAACAGUCUGACAUUUCAGGAAAUUCCUGAUUUGCUAUUUUAUGAAGAGUAAGAUAAGAUUAUUUGAUACCUCUCUCACAUGGUGAAGACCUGUUUUUAAAGCCUGUUUCUACCACCAGUUAUUUUUGUUCCAUCACAGCCAGAUGGCAAUCCUCCGAUUUGCAACUCACACAUGUCUGUUGUAGAAACUUUAAGAACUCCAGGACAGACAUUUUAGUGUGCUUUGGACUUAAAAGCUUAAAAUGCCAGAAAUAGUCUCUUGUGCUUUGAUUCUGGAUUAUUAAAGAGAUUAGAAAAAAUUUGAUGCAACUUGAGGGAUUUAAAUCAGCCAAAAUAUUAUUCUAUGGAGGGAUUUAAUACACCUUAUGAAGGGGAUCAUCAAAAAAGAAGCAAAGCCAACAGGCAAUUAGUUUGGCUUAACACGAAGACUGAGAGUAGAGGGAUGCUAGCAAGCAUGGCUCUGUCAAAACAUAUCAAAAUCAGAUUCUAGAUUAAAACGCUGCCUUGCUCACCCCUUUCAUUGAUGAAGCGACGGUGGCCUUGGAGGACAAGAAGCUCCAGUGGUGUGCUGGUUUACACUAAUUUCCUUAGCUAGGCCAAAUACCUCAAGACAGUUGCUUUACAUAAAGAGUACUAACAUGAUAGUGGUAUCGAUCUUCUUAUCUUACUCUCCUAAGAAAAUGUUUUGCCAAAAUGGUUAGGCCAUACCGUUAAGCAACAGGCUUCUUUUUUCAAUCCGUUCAGCCUGUCUCAGGCAAACUGCUCUAAAACCUGCGUGCAUCCACAUGGCAGAAUUGAAAUGGAAUUGGUGGAGGUAAUAUUUCUGCAUUCUACCGGCACCUCUAAGCGUGCGCACAUGCCAACACACACACUUAGUGAUGAUGAGGAGUCAUUCAUGCCAGAGAAAAUAUAUGAGUUUCCUGACAUAUUCCUGAAGGUCAGCCAGGUGAGACAGCUCCACUACACCAGAACCCUGUUUUAUUCCUCACUCUUUUUUUAUUUUAACAAAUGGACGGCACCUCCCAAGCGUGAAGCACCUUAAGCUCUGUAAUCCCAAACACUAGCUGCUGCCAUAGCAUAUUCUUCUCCCUCUCUGCUCUCUAGUUCUCUUUCUUCUGCCACACAUUUUCAUUCCUCUGUUUCCUCGACACAGCCGAGCCGAGUCUAUUCCCGGUGAAAUGAUUGAGAUAUCUAAGCAGGUUUUGCUAGUGUGAGAGAGUUUGUGUGGGUGGGGGUUGCUUGUGUGCAUGUUUGUCUUUUUGCAUGAUGAGAUGGGUUGUUUGCAGGUGCACUCAGGAGAAAAGAAUUGGGAGGUCAAGGUGGAGGUUUGUGAGAUGAGAAUGCAGGGAGACAUGAGAUGGAUCAGAUAGUGGAUUCUUGGAGACAAGGUGAGAGGGAGGUGAGAGGAGCUCUGCUUUGAUAAGAGGUAGAUGAAAGACCAGUGGGCGCCGCUUCCACCAUGAAAACUAUGAAAAAACAUUUUGUCCAACUCCUUCUUCCCCAUACCUAAUGAGCUCUCUACUGCCAAACAAGAGCUGUGAAAUAUCAUCACUCCAAGUAAUGUUUUAAUUGCAGCACUUUUUCUGGCUUCUUUGCCAGAAACAGCAAAUUUAAGUUUCAGUGAGAGACGAAUAAGUUCACACUUCAGCAGCUUCUCUCAGUCUUGCUCUCCAUCCAUAGAAUAACUUAAGAUCUGAUCCUGCGUCUGAUUUUAGCUUCUUUGCUGUCAAUGUCUUCAGAUCUUAUGUAGCCCUGAGGGUGUGAGAGUUGAGUUAGGUGUUGGAAAAGUUUUUUUCAAAUGAAACAAAGAAUAUGGUUUCAUAAGCUGGAUUCAGUUUUUUUUUUCUUCUUUAUUUCUUUGUGUUUUUGUUGAGAAAAUAAUUGAAUGAUGUAGAAGUGUAACACCUGAUUUGAAGGUCUACUCACGUCUAAUGAAACAAGGUUUGAUUCAUAAUUAGAAGGAAUCACUAAAAGUAUUCAGAAGUCAACAGCACCCAGCUCUGGAAGAAUGUGAUUGUUGAGUUAAUAAAGGCAGUUUUUUUGAUCGACAGAGGCGCAGGUUUGAUAAGAAAGUUUGAGUAAGUGUGUGGGAGCAGGAGGGAGGUAUUUAAGGGAAUGAUUUUGUAGGUUUUUAAUUAAUAUCAUUUUUUUGUGCCAGUGUAAGAGAAGAAAGAAAAGAAUAAGCAAAGCUGCAGGACUUUUUCUCAAACAAAAUCCCCAAGCCUGUGAAUCAGAGGAUGCUGAUUAUUUAUGUCAUUCUAAAAUACUUCCUCACAGAAUCGCGGUUGUUUGACGUGCCAGCGGGCAUCAGGGGGAGCUGUCUCUGAGCUCCAGAAAAAAGGCUGUGUCGAGGAACGAGGCACGAAGCUGUGUCUCUUUGGCACUUUUUCUUUGUCUCUGUUUGAAACCCUGUUUCUAAUUAGCGCAACAGUGUGUCUUAAUUAACCCUAAGCCAGUCAGAAGAUAUUCCAGUGCUAACAGCUCCCUUAUCAAGGACACUGCGGCGGCUGCAACUCUGCAUGGCAGUGUUUGGCAAUGGAGGUGAGCUGCAAAAAGUGAUUGAUUGCAUUGUAGCUGAGGUGGAUUUAUGAGAGGGUGGAGCCUGUUUCAAUCACAAUGUUGCAUUUAAAGAAGAGAGUUUGUCAUUACCCUGCUGUGGAGAGCAGCGUGCCAAAAAAAAACAACUCAGAAAUUGACACCAUCAAGCUCUUGAUCUGUAAAUCUAUCUGUUACCAGCAUGUCAGCAACACUAACAAACUCAGUAACGACUACAGGCCUUGAGUUGGACCAAAGGAGGUGCUAUUCUUUUCUUUAUUUUUUAUUACCAUUGUUUUUAUUGCAAAUUGUGUUUCAUUGAACUUCUUUCAAACUCUUUGUUUUCAAAAGAUAUGCCAUUAGGAAGUGAAGAAGGCUUUUUUAUCACUGCAAAUGGCAAUGAAUCAUCCAAUGAUGAGUCACCUGCCCACCAAGUCAUACAUGGUGACGAAGAACACUAAGUGUUCAAGCCCUAACAACACUUUACAUCAGUGGACUGGGAUGAUGCAAAAUGUGAGCAAAGACAGUCCAUACUCCGAUGAAAGUCGCUCUGCCUGUGUGCAUCCCUGCACAUCCCCCUGAAAACAGGACAUUUUCUUAUCUAUCCUUUCAUUUUGACAAGUCCUUUUUUCUUUUUUUUGUAUCUUGUACAUGUUUACAUUGUAUCUCGCAUUGCCCAAAAGAGAAAAAAUAUUAAAUGUAUUAUCUUUGUUGUUUAAA